CGACUUUUCCACUUUCAAGUUCCAUUCCCGGUUCCGUCUUCAACGACACACACACACUUUCUUCACACAAACACUCGGACCCUGACUGAACACUGAGCAACUGAACAUCAUAAUCAACACCAUCGCAAUACAUCGUUGCUUUUUAGAAAAAGUAUGAUUCGGGUGGCAUUUGUGUGUUUUCUUGCAAUCAAACCUCUCUCGUCCCCCCAUCUUCGUGCCCGUCGCCGUCGUUGACCAUACCUUGCAAAUUUCCCUCCGCCGACGACGGCCCCCUCCAGUUCCAACCCUGGCCAACCUUGGAGCCUACAUCUGACGAUAAACCGUACCGGCCAAAUACAUAUCAAUAGUAUCACGCCGCUGACUCGCUGGAAACAACGGUACAUACUGCCGAAUCAUUCGACCCCGUUCAAGAACAAACCCACUUGUCUCGACCAGGAGUCGCGGCUCAGGGCUUCGUCCAAGGCUCCAGUCUCAAUAUCUCCGACUGGGACCGGACCCCAUUCGAGUCCCAUUCGACUCCAGUUGUCCGGUUCUCGAGAGGCUCCAGUUUGAGAGGCUCCAGUGCCCCGCCCCCGUGGUGCUCCUCCAGUCAUCAGCUCCAGCGCUCCCGGCCCCCCCGUCGCUGCCCCUGCGUUGGUCUCCUCGCACGCUUAGUUUCCAUCCCGUCCAACUCAGUUAAACAUUUACCAUCCCGGUGCCAUCCUCUCCUCCCAAAAUCUACCCUUCUUUCUCGACUACACACCAGAACAACCAAGGAAGGUCAAUCGACUGCAUAUCCCCGACACUACUCCAGCACUCGCCUGGCAAGGCGCGCCAGCGUUGUGACGUUCACACCGUCUACACUUUAGAAAGAGAAGGAAGAACUUGGUUAUCAAGGGCGCUCUGAGAAAUACCACUCGACCGACAACACCACACAAACCAUCGUCAAAAUGGCCGGCAGUCGCAUCAACUUCACCAACUAUCUGCGCAACCUGAAUGUGCAGGAGCCGCAGGUCGAGGAGUAUGUGGCUCCCAAUGACGAGGAGCUUGCGCUAUUUACCAACACCAACUUCUUUGACUACGAGACGGGCCAGAACACCGACUACCAGGCGCCGCCUGUCAAGCCCGAUGCUGUCGUCGCUCCUACUCCCGUCGAGACUGCGGCGACAUCGCCCGAGGUGCCGACCGAUGCCUUCAUGACCGAAUUCCUGUCGGGCCUCGACCAGGGCUUGGAAUUUGCUGCUCCUGCAGCCGACUUCAACUUUGGCGACUUCACCACCACCUACACCUCGCCCACCAUCCCGGCCUACCCAGACACUCUAGGCCAGCUCCAGCCCAUUCAGCCCAACCCACAAGCCGCCUACCCUCCGGUCUCGCAGCACCAUGCGUCUCAUCACGUUCAGCAUCCCCACCAGCCCGGCUAUGUCCUUUCCAACCCUCCCCAGCUAAGCGGCAACAAGCGCAAGGCUAGCGAUGCCAUGUCUGUCCCCCCCACUCCCGGCGCUCGCGUCAUGAGCUUCGAGGAGGCCUCUCGCCUUGCCGCCGAGGAAGACAAGCGAAAGCGCAACACCGCAGCUAGCGCCCGGUUCCGCAUCAAGAAGAAGCAGCGCGAGCAGGCGCUCGAAAAGUCGGCCAAGGAGAUGAGCGAGAAGGUCACCCAACUUGAGGGACGCAUCCAGGCUCUCGAGACGGAGAACAAGUGGCUCAAGGGCCUCGUCACGGAGAAGCACGGCAGCAAGGAGGACAUUCUCAAGCUUCUCCGCGAGUUCUCAGCCCACGCUGCCAAGGUUUCCAAGGAUGCUGCUGCGGCCGCGGCUGACAAGGCUGAGGCUGCCGCUGACAAGGCUGAUGCUGAACGCGCCAGGGAAGAGAGCUCCUUCUGUGUCUCCACCUCUUCUCCCAGUUCCGAUGAAUCCGUCGACACGGACAACAAAAAGAGGAGGAAGGACUAAGGCCGAGCUUUCGGUGACGAUGACCAGUUAGUUGUGGAGGAAAAGGGGGUUUGUGGUCAGAGGGUUUUUGGCUUAACAGUGGAUAUACAUCAUCAUACUGUCUGAGGCGUUUUCGCGUUGCUUUUGCUUCACUUUUUGGUUUUGGCUUUUCAUUUUAUUUUUUGGUCCUGUGGUCGUUCGUGAUGGAAGGAGAGUUGGCGGCAGUAGUUUUGCUUGCUUCUUCCUCUUUUUCUUAUCACGUUCACUCUUAUCAGCAUUCUGCUCAGCGGUAAUCCCGUCUUGGGCUGCAUCUGACUUUGGUUGGUCGGGUGUAUUGCGUGCGUGUGCCUGCAGAGGUGCAAAUGGGUGGACGGAUCGACGGACGGACGAACAGACGGAUGGAUGGUACGACAUGAAUGAUAUGAGAUAUCACAAUGGUGGCUACAGGACUCCGGUAUAACUAUAUUCAUGGCGGUUACAGGACUCCGACAUUGGCGGUUACAGCACUCCCCUCAAACAUGAAGAUCUGAAAGAAAAGAUUUUGAUGAAACGAGUCAUGGAAAAAAGAAGAAUACAAUGGGUGUGUGAUGUGGAAGAGUUUCGUGUUUUGGCUUUAGCUUUUGAAAUGCGUGAUACCAUGUUGGAUAUUGGGAAUCUGGACGGGAGUAAGGAUGGAACAUUCACAUUUACAAUGAAUAUACAAGAGAAAUGCAAAGUAUAGUACAGGAAACAUAAACAACCAUGCCAUGAAGUCAUGAAACCGGGGGUUUAAGUCCCCUAACCCAUUGUUUUUAUCUCAUCAGUUUUUCUUCCUUAAACCCUCUUAACACAAAUACAUACAGUUACAUACCCUCCCCAUUCACCCUCCCCUCCCGCAAAUUCGUCAACCGCAACUGAUUCCUCUUUCCCAAGAUCCUCAGGGUAUUCUCCCUUUCAAUCUCCGUCAUCUCGGGCCAAUUCGCAAUCCGCGAAAUCGUUCCAUCUUUGUGCACCACCAUUGGGCCCAGAUUAUCCAAGGCAACAGCUUGUCCGUUGACCGUGACUACCUUUGGUUGUUGAUCUGGAGAAACGGGGGUGGCCGUCUCUGGAGAAGGUAAAGGGAGGGGGUUACCGUUGUUUUCGAGCUUUUGGUGUUCUACGGAGAGGGGGUCGGCGAGGGGGUCGUCGGUUACCUCUUCUGGGCCGAAUUGGGUUGGUCGGUGGGGGGGAGUAGUGGUAUCGGCGACGGAGGCCGUAGGGUGGGUGCUGGAUGUGGAAGUGGAUGAGGUGCUGCCGGGGAUGGGUGACGUGCUUGAUGAGCAGCCCGUUGCGGGGUCCGCUUUUGAGGUAGAAGUAGUAUCCAUCUUUUUUUGCGCUCUGGAAGUAUGAAAGAGCCUUGAGCUGAGAGUCUGGGUAAUAGGUACCGGUGGUACUGGUACUCUCUUGGUGCUGAUCUGGGAGGGAAGAGAUCGCGUUGAAAAUCUGCGCGCUGCUGAUGCUGCUGGCCUGAGGAGGCUAUACAUCACAGCACGGUAUGUUUCUUCUUUGAAUGGUCCGUUGAUGACCACUCUCUAGGUAUGGAAAGAGUGGUUGGUGAGACCAGCUGGGUUUGAUCUGUCUGGUGGUGCCGGUGGUGGUAACUCCACUGAAGCCGAGGGUUGAGUGCUUGUGUUUAGGUAGGUAUCUCUAGGUAAACCGAAACUGGAAGGUACCGGUACCUCAAGCUCAAGCUCAAGAAGCGUGGGGGUCUCGACCGUCUCUGAGAGGUCUAGGUCUUUUUUCGACAGCGUUGCUUUGAGAUUCAAUAGUCGGUUCGUAGGCAGUCGUUGUGAGCGAGAUGGUGGUGAUGCUCGGUUGCGGUUUAGUGUACCACACGAUGAUUCGUCCGGACUGGCUGUCCGGCUGUUCUGUUUGACUAGCAGCUGUUGCAAGCGUCGACUAGACUUGUCUUUGGUGUAUGUAGUUGUGGAUGAAUGGAUCUGGUCAAGAGCAAGCCGCGGUUGAACAGUGAAAUGCGGCGGACGCGGAUAUGGAUCUUGGACAAGGAUGUGCGCAACAGAGAGAAAAAUAAGCCCGUGGUGAUGUGUUGUCAGACUUUGUUUUGGGUAUGGCUUCGGCGUUUUGAUGGGUCUGGGCUUCGUCGCAAGCUU